AUGGCCGAUAACCACGACGACGAGCAGCACAAUGUCCAGUUCGAGGGUACCUCCUCGGGUGCUUCCCUGACCUACCCCAUGCAGUGCUCUGCUCUUCGCAAGAACGGACACGUUGUCAUCAAGGGCCGUCCCUGCAAGAUCGUCGAUAUGUCGACCUCCAAGACUGGCAAGCACGGUCACGCCAAGGUCCACUUGGUUGCCAUCGAUAUCUUCACUGGCAAGAAGCUCGAGGAUCUCUCCCCCUCGACCCACAAUAUGGAUGUCCCCAACAUCAAGCGUGUUGAGUACACUCUCGUCAACAUCGAUGAAGGUUUCUUGAACUUGCUCGAUGCCGACUCCAACCAGAAGGAUGAUGUCCGUGUUCCCGAGGGCGAGCUCGGUCAGAAGAUGGAGGCUGACUUUGAGGAUGGCAAGGAUCUCCUUGUCACCGUCAUCGCCGCCAUGGGUGAGGAGGCCGCCAUCACCUACAAGGAGGCCCCCAAGACCGAUUAA